AUGUAUCCGAGUAUGGAGUCGAAUUAUGCGACUGGAAACGAGUCAAGCGGCAACUCAUUCCAACACAAUGGCCCCGCCAGGCAAAACCAAACCUUCAGUAUUUACAUGAACAGUUUGGGAGUCACUCCCGUUCAAAACUCAUCACCGACAUCAUCUUCGGUUAAAGAGAAGUUCGACUUUGGAUCAAUCCAGGCUCUCGAGGAGGACCAGGAUAGUCAUGGCGAAUCCAAGCCCAUACCCAGGCUGGCGCCAACAAUCAAGAAGGCCGACGCCGAGUACAUCAACGGCAUGGGCGCCAGGAUAGAGCAGAAAUAUCAGGCCUUGUUAGACAGAACUGGCCAAACUGCCAGCAUGAAGGACCGUCGUGUCGAGAAAUUGAUACAAAGGGCCACCGACCAGAAACUGCGCAUCAACGUUCAAGUGGAGUCCAUAAAGAAAUGGCCCAGGCUUCCAGGAAACUCCCGGCACCACGGUGCAUCGGCUCUUGUAUCACAAGACACAAUGCCGGACUACGGGAUGAGCCAGAGAAGCGCCGAGCUGAGAGAAAGGCUCCGAGAAAUUCAUCACAAGCUCAACAAGGCCAUCGGUGAGAUAUCACAGAUUUCGGAACGAAGCCAAAGCCGCACGGGGGCAGGCCGUGCUAGGAGCUCUAGGGUCUCCAAGAACUCCAAAGUCUCCCAAAGUUCCAAAAGCCCCAGCAGGUCCGAGGUCCUCAAGAACCUCGGCGAGCUUGUCAAGCAGAUCGAGAUCGACAUUGCGGCCAUUCAGAGUCAGCUCAUCCAGCUUUCAACUUGUCACCCAUCCUUUCAAUCAACAAAGGCCUUUGGUGAGUUGUUUGUCUCCAGCUCUGCCACUCGGACACUAUAUCGUCACCUAUGCCAGGCUUGCCCUCUGAAUGAGCAGGAGCAAGGGCACAGCCACACGGCUCUUGUCGGCCUUGUGCCCGGAAGGGAGCCGCGAGAUAUUGUUCGAAACAAGGUCGCCAUCACUACCCAUCACGUUGCCAUCGAAUCAACUUUUUGCCAGGGACACUACAUCUGGUUCGAAGCACAUUCUAUGCUCAUCCUUCCGGGAGACGCAAGUGAGGCUGUCUGCUCGGAGCCUUCGUCGCCUCAGGCGGUGAUUGAGGGGUUGCAACAGAGGUUUCGUAGGGACUCCAACUCUUCUACUACUCCCUCAUUGUCUACGGAACUAUCCCAAACAUCACAGGAAAGGCGAGGAAGUGAUGACUUUUGUCGCAUUCAGGUGUGUCCCGGGAGCCUUGCCCAGGGCAGUAAUCGCCUGGCCAUGUGCAUCGGCGAUGAUCAAGAGAGUGGCCAUCACCGAAUGUUCUAUCUAGGGGAGAAGAGGAGGCCCAAGACGAGCUGCGAGCCUCUCAAUCUCUACGACAUUAUCCGAGACGGGGAGAAGAGCAUUGGUUGGCUUCAUCCCCAUCUUUUUGAGCGCAGUCGCAAGCUCAAAGAGGACCAGUUCAAGUUGGCCUUCAAGAUCGCCGAGGCGGCUCUCCGUUACGGAUGGAGGGAAUUUGGAGACGCAUGGGGAAUCAAGAAUAUUGAAUUCUACCCUUACGAAUCCAAGAGGAUGCCUUUUCUUCGUGCCAUGAUCAAACACGGCAGCAGCAAGCUGGAAGAUUUCAUGUUCAACCUUGGCACUGUCCUCCUCCAGCUCGGGCUCUGGGAGGUGCACACACUAGGGCGCAGUUUCGACAGAGUGAUGGAACAUCAUUUAGUCUGCCUCGACGUCGAGACGGUGCCUGAGUUCCAAGAAGCCGUACGCUAUUGCGUCAGCUUUGCCAAAUAUGGUGACCGUCAUGGGGACGACAAUGACUUUCAGCAUGCGUUCUACCAAAAUGUUAUUAGCCCGCUCAGGAAGAUGGCCAAGAUGCCGAUUAACGACAAGAGUCAUAUAUCUGGGACGUCGAGACACUCAACUGAUACUGAAAUGAGUACUUGA